AAUCUCCAACUCCUUCCUCACUAACAAACGAACAUCCACACACUUCCUCACCUGCGCUUCCUUUUAAAAUUUAAAGCAUUACUCCACUGAAGCUGAUCCGAUCUAUCAAUCCUAGCUUUGCUUCAAAACGAUGGCGUUUUGGUGGCCAUUGAUCGUCCUGGCUUUCGCUUAUGCUAUCUGUAGAUUCUUGUUCAUGCUCAUCCCUCCUAAUGUUCCUUCCAUCUACGUCGACGCAUCUGACGUGUUGGAGGACGGCAAUCAAACGCAGGAGAACAGUUUCAUUUAUAUACCUUCAAGGGGAAGGACACAACAAUCAGACAAAAAAGUACAGUGCUAUGAGCCUGCAACUAUGAAAUACUUGGGAUAUUUCCCUGCAUUGACACCUGCUGAGGUUGAGGAGCGUGUGGCACAAGCGAGGAAGGCACAAAAAAUAUGGGCAAAAAGUAGCUUCAAGCAAAGGCGCCAGUUUUUGCGGAUACUUUUGAAGUAUAUUAUUGAACACCAAGAUCUUAUAUGCGAAGUUUCUUCACGUGAUACUGGAAAGACAAUGGUGGAUGCCUCUUUGGGUGAAAUAAUGACAACAUGUGAGAAGAUUACUUGGCUUCUUUCAGAGGGUGAGAAGUGGCUAAAGCCUGAAUAUCGGUCUUCUGGACGGUCAAUGAUUCACAAGAAAGCAAAAGUGGAGUUUCAUCCACUUGGUGUUAUAGGUGCCAUUGUCUCAUGGAAUUAUCCUUUCCACAAUAUCUUUAAUCCAAUGCUGGCAGCAGUCUUUUCAGGGAAUAGCAUUGUCAUUAAGGUUUCUGAAAAUGCAAGUUGGUCUGGAUGCUUCUACUUUCGCAUUAUCCAAGCAGCUUUAGCUGCUGUUGGUGCUCCUGAAAAUCUGGUUGAUAUAAUAACAGGUUUUGCUGAAACAGGGGAAGCAUUAGUGUCAUCUGUUGAUAAAAUCAUUUUUGUUGGAUCACCUGGUGUUGGUAAGAUGGUAAUGAGAAAUGCUGCUGAGACACUCACCCCAGUUACACUCGAGCUUGGUGGAAAAGAUGCUUUUAUUGUGUGUGAUGAUGUAGAGGUGGCUCAUGUUGCUCAAAUUGCUGUCAGGGCAGCUCUUCAAUCUAGUGGGCAGAAUUGUGCUGGGGCAGAGAGAUUUUAUGUUCAUGAGAGCAUUUAUACUUCAUUUCUCAGUGAAGUAACAAAGAUAGUAAAGUCUGUGUUAGUGGGUCCACCUCCUGCUGGAAAGUAUGAUAUGGGAGCCAUGUGCUUGCUAGAGCAUUCUGAUAAGCUUAAUGCCCUUGUGGAUGAUGCCAUAGAUAAAGGAGCAGAAAUUGUUGCUCGUGGAAGUUUUGUCCAUUUAGGUGAAGGUGCAGUUGAUCAGUACUACCCUCCUACUGUAAUUGUGAAUGUUGACCACACAAUGAAGUUAAUGCAAGAAGAGGCAUUUGGACCAAUAAUGCCAAUAAUGAAAUUCAGCACAGAUGAAGAGGCUGUGCAACUUGCCAAUGAUUCACGAUUUGGGCUUGGCUGUGCUGUUUUCUCUGGUAAUCAGCGCCGUGCCAUAGAGAUAGCUUCCCAGAUACACUGCGGGUUUGCUGCCAUUAAUGAUUUUGCAGCAACGUAUAUGUGUCAGUCCCUACCAUUCGGUGGUGUGAAAGAUAGUGGAUUUGGACGAUUUGCUGGUAUAGAGGGACUACGGGCUUGCUGUCUUGUCAAAGCAGUUGUCGAGGAUAGGUGGUGGCCAUAUAUCAAAACGAAGAUUCCAAAGCCCAUUCAGUAUCCUAUCGCAGAGAACGGCUUUGAAUUUCAGGAAUCACUUGUAGAAGCACUUUAUGGGUUGAACAUAUGGGAUCGGUUGCGAGCAUUAGUCAAUGUGUUGAAGAUUCUUACAGAACAAAACACCCUGGCCAGGAGUAGAAGAAGAAAUGACUGAGUUCAUGGGAAUAUCAUGCUUUGUAACUUCAUUAACUUGUUUGCAAGGAAUAUAUCUUUGUACUUGUCAUUUGUAUUUUUCUCACCCAUGCUCAACAAGCUAAUUCCAUCCCCAUGUAAAUUUUACUUGCGUUGAUUUAGCCAAUACAUUAAGCUUCCUGACUUUGAACUCAUCCAUCAUUGAAAUUUUAUAACUGUAUGUAUGUUAGUUCUUAAAACUCAGAUAUAAUCAAAGUAAUUUAUUUUU